AUGCCUCAAGCACAGCCUGAAUUGAAGAAGUACAUGGAGAAGCGGGUCUUCUGCCAGUUGAACGGCAACCGCAAAGUCAUUGGAAUUCUCCGUGGAUAUGAUGUCUUCAUGAACAUCGUCCUUGACGAAGCCUUCGAGGAGAAAUCAGGUGGUGAAAAGGUCUCCAUUGGCAUGGUCGUCAUCCGCGGAAACUCGGUUGUCAUGCUUGAGGCUUUGGAGCGCAUUAACGAAAAAUAA